GCUAAGGGAAGAGUGCUGAGUAGUCAGUAGGGGAAGAACAAAGGCUGGGAGAAGUUGCCCCAGCCGGCAAAAACAACUGCAGCUGUUUAGCAAGGAGCUCAUCCAGCCCAACCUGCAUGAAAGGAGAAAGAUUGACUGACUGCAUCUGGGUAAUCAGAUUUUCCAUUUCUUCCUCGAGUUAUGGCUGCUUCUAUUGCAUGAGGAAUAAAUCACAAGACAGUGGGAUUGCAGAUAUGGAGGAACUUCCUGUGCCACACAACAUCAAAAUAAGUCACAUCACAUGUGACUCUUUCAAGCUUUCAUGGGACAUGGAUUCUAAAUCUAAGGACCGUAUUACUCACUAUUUCGUUGAUUUAAACAAGAAGGAGAACAAGAAUUCCAACAAAUUUAAACACAAGGAUGUACCCACUAAACUGGUAGCAAAAGCUGUUCCUCUACCAAUGACUGUCCGUGGACACUGGUUCUUGAGCCCAAGAACAGAAUAUACAGUAGCAGUACAGACUGCAUCAAAGCAAGUUGAUGGGGACUAUGUUGUUUCUGAGUGGAGUGAAAUCAUAGAGUUUUGUACAGCAGAUUAUUCAAAAGUUCAUCUAACACAACUUCUGGAAAAAGCUGAAGUAAUUGCAGGACGUAUGCUCAAACUUUCUGUUUUUUAUCGGAAUCAGCACAAAGACUACUUUGAUUAUAUCAGAGAGCACCAUGAGAAUGUUAUGCAGCCCUCUGUCAAGGAUAACAGUGGUAGCCAUGGCUCUCCAAUCAGUGGGAAGUUGGAAGGCAUCUUUUUUAGCUGCAACACUGAGUUUAACACUGGAAAGCCACCACAAGAUUCACCUUAUGGACGAUACAGGUUUGAGAUCAUAGCUGAAAAACUUUUCAACCCAAACACUAAUUUAUACUUUGGAGACUUCUACUGCAUGUACACAGCCUAUCACUAUGUCAUUCUUGUUGUUGCCCCGGUUGGAUCACCAGGAGAUGAAUUCUGUAAGCAGCGCCUUCCUCAGCUAAAUAUAAAGGAUAAUAAAUUUCUGACCUGCACUGAAGAAGAUGGCAUCAUGGUUUACCACCAUGCCCAGGAUGCUAUUUUGGAAGUAAUUUACACUGAUCCUGUGGAUCUGUCCCUUGGCACAGUUGCAGAAAUUACUGGCCAUCAGCUAAUGAGCUUGUCUACUGCAAAUGCAAAGAAAGAUCCCAGCUGCAAGACCUGCAACAUUAGUGUUGGACGUUAAUUACUCCCCUGUUAUUUAGGAGCCUUUGAACCUUUGUUGUCCAUUUCCAUAGUCAGAUGUUCUCUUCAGAAGCAUGUACAUGCCACUUGUCACCAGAAGCAAACACAAGUUUUCAAACUGUUUAACAGCAUUUUUAAUAUUUCUUCUCUCCCUCCUUCCCUUUCAUCUCCAAAUGCUUUAAACUAUUAGGAGUCCUGAUUUUCUUCUUGGCAACUGUUUAUAUCUAGAUGCUGCAAUAAUUUUUUUUUGUUUCUUGCCAAACAUAACAAAAUCCUAUAUAAACUGCUUUAACAAAAUAAAAAUAAUGGCUUAUAAAUGGUGUUUAUAUAUGCAUUCAUUUUAAUCUACUGAACAAAUACUGGGAUAACUCCAAAUAGCAUGAGAGGUUGUAAUUGCAGCACGAUUUAAAUCUCAAAACCUAGAAAUGUCAGCACUUCCAACUUGUUGUUUGACAGUGUUAUUUAUGUUAUUUAUAUUAGCUAACUGGAAACAAAAAACAUGUUUCAACAUAAUAAAUAUAAUAGAAACAUAUUUUAUUUGUAUUGAUGUAUAAAAUGUUAUACAAUCAUAUAGAAUAUAUAGAUUACAUUUUAAUAGCAAUUGUAUACAUCAUGAAACCAUUUUCUCUUAUCAAAGAUGUAGUUUGUAAACUUCAAAUAGUUGUGUAUCUAUUCCUGUUGCUCUUAAAUGACUUAAUUAAACAGAUUUAUGAAGAUCAUUCUGAUUAAUAAAAGUUAAGUUAUAAAUCAAGUCAAUACACUGAAACAGCAAUCACAGAAAUAAAAAC